AUGGCGUCGACAAUCACAGAGGCUCAGGCGGAGCUGAUCCGCUCCCUCGCCCCUGACGACAUUCCAAUCAAGCUUCGAUGCGCUAUCUGUAGCAAGCUCGCCGUGAAUGCCUACCGACUGCCAUGCUGCGAGCAGGCCAUCUGCGAAACAUGUCAAUCGAAUCUUCCGGCCUCAUGUCCCGUCUGCGAACAUUCCCCCUUGUCCGCUGAGGACUGCAGCCCCAAUAAGUCGCUUCGAACCACCAUCAGGGUGUUUCUGCGCACCGCCGAGAAGAAGCGCGAGGCCAGCCGGGCUAAGGAAGGCAAAGAAUCGGAGCCCGUGACUCCUGUUGAGCCGCCGAAACAGUCGCUCCCAGUCCCAGAAGCCCCUGCGAUCGAGGCGCCGACUGAGCAGGUCUCGGGAGGCGACGCGCCGAUGGGCGAAGCAGUUUCUGCGCCCAGCGAAUCCAAUGUUGCUGCUCCUGCUCAGCCUGCAGACGAGGAGGUUGCUCACGACCAUGACUCUGCUGCUCAGCAUCCUCCUCAAGACGGAGCGGGUGAUGCCGAAGACGCGCCAGUUGCGGGUGACAGCAACAAUGACGUAGCCCCUGAUAACUCUAACGAGCAGGCCAUUGUACAGAAAGAUGGUGAUGGCGAGGGCGACCAAGGCGAUGAUGAGAAUGGCGACGAUCAAGAAAACGCCGACGGCGAGACGAUGAACGGAACGACCAACGGCAACUUUUCUGGGUCUGGCGACUUCAACCAGAUGCAGAUGAUGAUGGCCAUGCAGAACGGCAUGGCUCCGAACUCGUUUGGCGGGUUCCCCAUGAUGGGCAUGCCAGGCAUGGGCAUGGACCCGAUGACGAUGCAGAACAUGUACAUGAACGGUGGCUUUCAAGGCAUGGGCAUGAACGGCAUGGGGGGCUUUGGAGGUGGAUUUGGCCAAGGCUCCAAUAAUAACUGGAACGGUUCACAGUCGUGGAAUUUCGACCAGAAUAAUUACAAUCAAAGUGGUCCUGGCAUGGGAACUGGUGAUUUUGGGAGCUUUAACUCAGGAUUCCAGACAGGAUACAAUCAAGGUAAUUACGGUCACUUCAAUGACUAUCGCCGCAACAACUUCGGACGUGGUCGAGGCCGCGGACGAGGAUACUACGGAGGUUACGGCCGUGGAGGUUACCAGUUUGGAGGCAACGCCAACAACAACUACCAGGACCAAGGACAGUUUUCCCAGUACGGAUCCAACGCUCAAGCCCAAGAGCAGCAGCAGAAUGGUCAGAACGAGUCGGCAGAUGGACAACAACCUGAUGACCAUCAGGGAGAGGGAGGGGCUGAUGGGGUCGAGGCCUCCAACUCUGGACACCAGGACGCAUCCCGUGAGGUCAUAGGCAUUGAAGCUACCGAUGCCUCUUCCGCGCCCGACGUGGCCCAGCACAACGGUCCUGCUGUCACCCGGCCAGUUGUUCCCGCUCCAGAUGUUCCCAUUAACGCACCCACGGGCCCCAAGGCUAUGAGACAAGGACUGCCCAACACGAGCCUUCACAAUCUACGAGCAAGAGGAUACCAGGUUGGGGGUGAUGCCCCAUCCAAGCCGACACCUCCUGUCCGGGACAGCCCAGCCGACCGAGGCCGGUCAAGGAGUAGUUCUCCCGGGCCAAGCCGUGAGGGUGCGCGUGACAGAGACAAGGAUCGCGACUCCCGCCGUGAUCACAGCAAGGAGCGAUCUCGGGACUAUGACAGACGCGACAACAAGGACUAUGAUGACCGCGACCAAGACCACACGGGAUCGGGAUCCCGAACCGCCAGCAGGAGCCGAAGCCGCAGCCGGGGGCAUAGAAGCUCCCGCCGACGUAGACGCCACCGCUCAGAGUCGGUCGAGGACGACGGCUUUGACGAUGACUCUCGCCGUAAGAAACACAAGAGCAGCCGCCGUCACUACUACGAUGAUGAGGAGCCCUCACGAUCCAGGGACAAGGAUGACAGAUAUGCCGAUCGAGCCCGCUCAACCUCACCAGCAGAAUCCAAACGGUCGAGUCACCGAAGCCGCCGCGAUAGGGAUUCUGACAAGAGAAGAGAUCGUGACAAGGACAAGGACAGGGACGACUACGACCGCAAAAAGUCCAGUCAUCGCUCCUCCCACCGUGAUAGAGACUACGAUCGCGAACGACGCCGUGACAAGGACAGAGAACGCAGCGACAAGGACCGCAAGGACCGAAAGGAUCGUCACCGCGAGAGGGAUAGAGACCGACGCGACCGUGACAGGGACAAGGACAGAGACCGAGAACGCGAUCGAGACGCCGACUCUAGGUACAGCAGCAGACGCCACUCGACAGACGCAGGUGACACGCCCAACGAGCGAGACUCCAAAGCCCCCUCUGGCCCUCGAGGCUCCCGAGCCGACAGCGCCGCAGCCAAGGACCCUCACACCCUCGAGCGUGAGGCCCGCGACCGUGAGCGUCUGCUCAAGGAAGCCCAGCGCAUGGCGGGCAUGGGCAUGGCCGGCUGGAAGCGCAACCGAGGGGCUGACGACGGCGGCGACGACUCGGGCUCACGUAAGGGCCGGCGUACCACGUCGUCAACAACGUCUGCCGCAGCUUCGCGUCGCAGUGAAGCCGUCAGCGGCGGUGAUGAAGAAGAGAGGAUGCGCAGGCUCGAGGCUGAGAGGGAGGGUGAUCGAUGGGGUUAG